AUGAAGGGUUUCGCAUUCAUCGUCGCUGCAGUGCUCUCGGGCCAGGCACUCGCUAUCCCAUCCCAUCUUCAGGAUAAGCGUGCUGAAGCUGACGAUGGUGCAAAGCUUCCGGAUGAAACAGAUGUCUAUGGAGCCUGGGUUGGUGGUUGCGGUUCCAUGUCAACCCCUUACUGCGUCAACUAUGUGUGGCCUGAAUGUAUCUACCUAUAUAUCGAUGCCAACAGCAACGCUCAAAGCAAGCAACUCUCUAAAGCCGGCCUCGACAAAUUUGAAAAGGACGUCAAGGCUUGUAUCAAGCUGAGAGAUCCUGCGGCUAACGAAGGUUUAUGCUACGAUCUAAAGCUUUCCAAAGAAUCCUGUCAAAAGUAUCGUCAAGAAUGUCGACAGGAGAACGAGCAUAAACUAAACCCCGAACAAGGAUUCACUGAGGACUCUUUAAUCGCGUCAAUUGCCAGGUGUAUCAGAGAGAAACCCCAGGACCCGAGCCAAGAGCAAUCAACCACAACGUCUGGCACACAGGAAUCUACAAAGUCGCUUGAGCAGCAACCGCAAAAGACUUCGCGCCUAUUACCGUUUAUUGGAGAAGAUAAUCUCCCUGAUAUCUGCUUACCUGGGCAAUUCGAGAAUUGUAUGGGAACAAAGAAGUAUUGCGAGCUUGCAGUAUGGAAUAGAGAAGAGGAACCCAAGCAGUAUUCAAGCACGGAAGAAUGUCGUGCAGACCGCAAGCCUCAGGAAUCCUAA